UUUUCUUCUUCUUGAAUGAUAGCAAAUCAAAAAAAGUUGUGUUGGAAUUCAUGAAUGGCUCAAUCAGAAAAACCGAGACAAUAAAAAAAUAGAAGUUAAAACGCUAGGAAUAAAAGAAAUUGAAAGAGUUUUAUUUAUUUAAAAAAUUAGCAAAUUUAUCAAUGCAUUUGCAGGCGAAGUAUCGUUAAGUCUACGGUGAUAGUCUCACAAUGCCAACAAAUAUAUAUCAUGAAAGGCAGACGCGACAACUAUGCGCGCUUCAUACGCUGAACAAUCUUUUCCAAGGUCAACAAUCGUAUACAAAAGAGCAAUUGGAUCAAAUAUGCAACGAUUUAAGUCCUAAUGUUUGGAUUAAUCCACAUCGUUCGCCAUUGGGUUUGGGCAAUUAUGAUAUUAACGUUAUAAUGACGGCACUUCAAAUGCGUAAUUGCGAAGCUGUUUGGUUCGAUAAGCGCAAAGAUCCGUCCUGCAUUGAUUUGAACGCCAUUGUUGGUUUCAUUCUUAACGUGCCUUCAGAUUACAAAUUCGCGUUUGUCACAUUACCAUUGCAGAAACGACAUUGGAUAGCCAUUCGCCGUAUCGAUGAUAAAUAUUAUAAUUUGGAUUCGAAAUUGCGGGAACCUGAAUGUAUAGGCGUUGAGACUGAUUUAUUAUCAUAUCUGCGCGCACAAUUAGACACAAACAAAAAAGAAUUAUUCGUAAUAGUAGAAAAGACGACGGCGACUAGCGAUCAACAAAAUCCAAUUUGGUUAAAAGCUGCAACUAAUGGCAAAGGUGCUGAGCACAUAAACGGGAAGGAUCGUGUGCGAAUACCAAGUCAACUAGAUACACAAUGAACUCGCAACAAGCAAGAAGCUUGUGAGAUUUCUAGUCUUUUUAGUUAUUAAAAUUUCAGCUUAAUGCGUGCAAUGCUUACCAUUGAAAUUUCACUAGUUGCUUGAAAAUUCCUUUCAAUACUAAAGAAUAAAUAAUUGUUCUGCAGGGAGUGGAGUAAGUAACGAUGGCGCAAAAUUAACUUUACAAAUAUUUAGUAUCUAAGAAUUGAGUAAAUUACAUCAUGGAAUACAAUAAAACAAAUAUAUAUUAAGUGUAAAUAUAAAUUUUCUGUAAAAAAUGUAUUAUUCUUAUGUAAAAAUUAUACAUAAAAGACAUCAUAAUUUACGAAUACAUCAUUCUACAAAUUAAAA